CGGGUGUGUGCGCCAGCCUCGUACUGCUGUGGUGUGCGAGCAGGAGAGUACGGGCAUCUAAAAAUCGACUUAGAAAAACUACUUAAGGUCCUUGAAGUUUGGCCUUGAGGGGGCACCAGCAUGAGUCAGGAUUCAGUGGAAUCAGAGGGAGACUCUGCUCAAGAUAUGCCAGACUUUAACUGGGAUGAUUACCUUGAAGAGACAGGGGCUUUGUCCGUACCACAUCAUGCUUUCAAACAUGUGGACCAGGACAUGCAGACAGGACUUGCCCCUGGUAUGAAACUAGAGGUAUGUGUGCGCAGUGAGCCUGACCAGCCUUACUGGGUGGCAAACAUCAUCACCACCUGUGGGCAACUAUUACUUCUCCGAUAUGAGGGUUAUCAAGACGACAGGCGAGCUGACUUCUGGUGUGACAUCAUGACUGCUGACCUACACCCACUGGGAUGGAGCCGACAGCACGGCAAAACCAUGAGGGCACCUGAGGCUGUUUCUGAGAAGCACCGAGACUGGGAGCUUUUGCUGGAAAAAACUCUGGCAGAAGAGUGUGGUGCACCUGCCAACCUUCUCGAAUUGCCCCUGCGUGGGAAAGAUCCAGUGGAGCUGCUGAGUGCCGGCUGUUAUGUGGAGCUCCAAGACAGUGUUGAGCUGGACCAGGCCUGGGCAGCAGAGGUGGAGGAGAAUGUCGGUGGAAGACUCAAACUGCGUCUAGUGGGCACUGAGGGUUUACCAGAUACACCAGCAACCCUGUGGCUGUUCUACCUUCACCCACGCAUCCAUGCUCCUGGCUGGGCAAAGGAGAACAACUACACUCUCAAGCCACCCUCUGAGCUGCUGGCGUUGCGGACAGAAGAAGAGUGGGAGGAGGUGAAACAGAGAAUCAGUGAGCUGCCUCAAGAUGAUGCUCUCACAGCAGAGUUGACUAAGGAUCAGCCUGUCAUAGUGCCACACUCUUUUAAAGAAGGGAUGAAACUGGAGGCUGUUGACCCUGUUGCUCCCAUUUCAAUCCGACCUGCCACCGUAACGAAGGUCUGUAAUGAGCAGUACUUCUUAGUGACAAUGGAUGAUCUUUGUGGGAUGGAAGACUCUGAGAGUCCUGGACGUUCCUUCCUGUGCCACAGAGGCAGUCCAGGGAUCUUUCCAGCUCAAUGGAGCCUCAAAAACGGACUGACACUCUGCCCGCCACCAGGGUACCAGGGUCCAGACUUCGAUUGGGCAGACUACCUGAAGCAGUGUGGGGCAGAAGCUGCACCUCAGAAAUGUUUUACAACUGAACAGUGUGAACACAGCUUCAAAGAAGGAAUGAAACUAGAGGCAGUCAACCCUCUGUCACCAGAGAAUGUUCAUGUGGCUACAGUCACCAGGGUCAAAGGCCAAUACCUUUGGCUCAGCCUGGAAGGACUCAAAACACCAAUGCCUGAGUUGAUAGUUCACAUUGACUCCCUCGACAUCUUUCCAGUCAGCUGGUGUGAGACAAAUGGAUACCCACUCGUCCAUCCUAUUAAGCCCCCAGUUGAGAAAGAGAGGAAGAUUGCAGUGGUCCAGCCAGAGAAGCAAAGAAUACAACCAAAAUCCUCCUCACCUGAUGAUUUCAAACCACAAAUAGCCCACCAGUCAGAAACAGGACCGGGUAAUGGAAAGUAUUGUUGUCCAAAAAUUUACUUCAACCAUCGCUGCUUCUCCGGGCCAUACCUCAAUAAGGGGCGCAUUGCUGAGUUGCCUCAGUUCAUUGGUCCAGGAAACUGUAUCCUUGUUUUGAAAGAGGUAUUAACUCUGCUGAUAAACUCUGCAUACAAGCCGAGCCGUGUGCUGCGGGAGCUGCAGCUGGACCAGGAGAGCCGCUGGCAAGGCCAUGGAGAGACACUUAAAGCCAAGUACAAGGGCAAGAGUUAUCGGGCCACGGUGGAAAUUGUCCGCACUGCAGACAGAGUGGCUGAUUUCUGCAGAAAAACGUGUAUCAAGCUAGAGUGCUGUCCAAACUUGUUUGGGCCUCGCAUGGUUCUAGAACGCUGCUCGGAGAACUGCUCAGUUCUCACAAAGACCAAAUACACAUAUUACUAUGGAAAAAAGAAGAGUAAGCGAGUCGGUCGCCCUCCUGGGGGUCAUUCCAACUUGGAGGGUGGAGUCAAGCGAAGAGGAAGAAGAAGAAAGAGGAGGAAGCAGCUCUUUGUUCAUAAGAAGAGACGCUCUUCAGCGUCUGUUGAUAACACCCCAGCUGGGUCUCCACAGGGAAGUGGAGAGGAAGAGGAUCUUGAUGAAGAUGAUUCUUUGAGUGAUGACUCAGGAUCAGAGCUUCAAGAUGACAUGCAAGAUGACUCUGAGCAAUCAGUUGGUAAAUCUCAGCCAACAACUCCAUCCCCAUCACCACCGGCAACACCACGACCCACACGCCGGCGCCGGAAACCUCGCUCACCGUCUUUCUCUGAUGAUGAGAACCACCCCCCUUCACCAAAAACCUCCAAGAGUGAGCCUUCUCAGAAGUUGUGCUUGGACACCAGCCCCCUGGAAUGGAGUGUCGCUGAUGUCGUGCACUUCAUCAGGACCACUGACUGUGCACCCCUGGCUAGGAUUUUCUUGGAUCAGGAAAUUGAUGGGCAGGCCUUGCUUUUGCUGAAUCUACCCACCGUUCAGGAGUGCAUGGAUCUAAAGCUGGGACCAGCCAUUAAGCUUUGUCACCACAUUGAGAGAGUAAAGCUGGCAUUUUAUCAGCAGUUUGCUACGUAACUGAUUACAAACUAUUUUUGGUGUAUACAUUGUAAACAUUUAGCAUGUUUGUAGAUUAAAUACUUUUCAAUCCAAAUCUACACUAGCGAGCAAGAUAACUAAAUAUAAAUCAACUUGGUGUUUUUGAAAGGCAAUAAUUUGUAUAUGCUAUGAUGAAAUAUGUGUUAUUGAUACUAUCCCUCUGUUAAAUUACAUUCAUAGUAAUUAUACAUAGUAAUUGGAUAUGAUUUUCAUAUUAAAAUUUACACGCAUUACAUUUUCUAUGAUUUUUAAAUGUUCAUUCAUGACUGUUGAAGCUUUAUUUACGGGUGAGAUAAAGGCUAUAUUAGGCUGAAAAUGAAAUUUGUCCAGUAUUGACCACCGUCAGAAACAACAGCCAUAAACACCAAACACAUUUUUUUUUUUUUGUAUAUGAAGCUCUAAUUCUGUUUUUGUUUUUCUGCUAAAAAAGAGGCCUAUGUUUACAGCUCUCCAGGCUCAAGCAUAACCAUUAGCCUAUAUGGUUAUACAAGUAUGUUGUGUGUAUAUAUUGUACAUAUUUAAAUAUUUUAUAGUGUAAUAGUAUGCUUAAAAAAAAGCUAAAAUGGCAACAAAAUGUGAUAGCUCUAAUACAAUUUUAACUUUAAACAUUGUAAACUGUUCUGUUAAUUUGUUCUGGAACAAGAUCACUUAUGUUGAAUUGUGCGGUGUGAAUGAAAUCUUUUUUCCAGUUUUAUUAGGUUGUUUAUUUUCUAUUUUUUUCCCAACACAACUAAAAUCCAAUAAAAAAAACUUGACAUUCGC